GCCUGCUACCAGUGAGCUGGGAUCUUUCUCCCCUGUCAAUGUUCCUAGAGCCCCACUCACCCCUUGCCAGUGACGGCAAGAUUCCUGCUGGCUCAUGGGGGCAUGAGCUCCCUUUCCUGGUUACCUGCCAGGACCCUGCAUUCUCCACCAGGCCGCAUGUGUGUGUGUGUGUGGGGUGGGGGGGAGUCCCCUUCCCCUUCCCCUUCAGCCACUGGCUCUGGGCUACCACUGGAGGAGGAUAUUAGAUGAGCAAUUGUUACAACCUGCAACCGCAGCUCCUCAGCGCCCGUCUGGCUUCCCCCAGCCCCAGUCCUGCAGUGAGGGGCUUGGGAAGGGCGGGGUCCAUGACUGCUGUGUUAGGGCUACCCCAAGGUGCCUAGGCAAAGCUGCCCCACUGCUUUGUAAGGUGGCCCGAUUUGCAUGGCAGUGUCUGGCGCUGGUGCUGCCUGGGUGCCAGGCUGGGUGCAUGCCCCGCGCUGUCUCGCCCGCUCUCCUCCCGUUGCAGUGAGAUGCUCCGGUACUUCGAUCAGCUGGGGAAGCGCAAACGGGCCCAGGCCACCAACCUGUGGAACGAGCCCGCGGACGACACCCACAUGGAGCGGGACGACGACCGCGAGCUCUACAACCUGCUGCAGAAACGGGCCAGGCUACGCCGGGGCUCGGAGGGCUACCGACGCCUGAGCUUCGACAUCAGCGCCCACCGCCAAAUCCGCCGCGAGGUGAAGGACCGAUGGAGGCAGAUCCUAGAGGUCCUGGGGUUCAGCGCCGAGGCAGACGGCUUGCUCGACAUCACCUCCACGGCCUCCUACAGCUCCCUGCGCCAGCCCCUGCAGGCCCGCCAGCUCCUCACUGCCCUGGCCGAGCAGACCAGCCUCUUCGACCGCCACUGCAGCCUCCCAGAGCGAUACCUCUUCGUCCUGGACCGGCUGCUCAUCCUGGAUGUGGGGGAUGACUUUCUCUCCGCCGCCCGGUGCUACUACCCCCUGGAGGCCGAGGAGGGGCCCCCCAGCGAGGAGGAGCCCCCCAGCCAGGAAGCCGUGCUGGUGACGCUGAGCCCGGCACCCCAAGGCGGGGAAGAGGAGGAGGAAGAGGAGAUGGCCACAGUGAUGGAUGAAGAGUCCCUGUUGGUCAAGCUGAUAGAGUGAGGCCUGCCCUCGGGGGCAGCCAGGUUAGGCUGAGAGCUGCCCCAGCGUGUUCUGCUGCUGCUGGUGGGGGGGCACAGUGCUGAGCAGGGGGUCACGGCCCCCCUCACGGCACCGUGGCCUGUUGGCAGCCCAAAUCUGCUGUGUGCCCCCCUCUGCUGCCCUCUUACCUGCCUGCAGAACCCCCUCCCCUCCCGCUGCCUGGCCUCCCCAGUCCCUACCCUUCUCCAGCUGGGCUUGGGGCCACCGGGCCCUUCCCGAAGGGGGGUGGGAGCUGCCGGCCUGUUGGGAAUGAGGGUCCGGUGGUGGCCGUCGUAUGGAACAGGGUGGGAUGUGCCCGCUCAGCCAGCUCUAGCCAUCCCUGACCAGUGCCUCUGGCCCUUACCCCCAUUCUAACGAAUGACGCAGUAGAGCCGGGGAUGAAGAUGGUGCCGCUCCCCUUCCCCUGCAGCCCAGCACGUGGCAGCAGAGGGGCGGCUGUGCCUGGCCUUGCCGCUGCAGGGUUGGCUCAUGUGUCACCCCCAAGCUGGGGGAUUAAGGAGGCAUCUAUCUUUGUGCUAGUUCAAAGCACACACACACCCCGGCUUUGGCAGCAGGCCCUGUGAAGCAGUUAACAAGUCUCUGAUUAUGUUGUUUACCCGACCCCUCGCUGUCCAUCUUCCUCCCUUUGCUGCCCGUGCACCCAGGCCAGGCGAGAGCAGGGGGCUGGGUGCUCCCUGGAGCUUUGCGCCGGGAACCAGCAGCAGUGGGGGGGGUGUGAAGAGCCCCCGGGGGUGGGGAAGAGGAGUAGGACCAGAUUGCCUUCGAGGGCUCGUCUAUUUCAGCGGCAGGGAGUGGGCGCUGGCGGCCAGCUGGCCAGUCCAAAGGGCAAGCACGCGGUGUCCCCGGGCUGGGGAAAGGUCAGCCACGCUCUGUGCGCCAGGCUGGGAUUAGAGGCCGCCUCGCAGGGCCGGGGUCCAGCCUCCGGGACGCAAAGGGACACAGGGAGCUUUGCUGCCUGGCGGGGCACCUGUGGCCUCAAGAGGAGACGAGCGAGGCAGAGGCCGGGAUCAGGACAGGCCAUCCCCCCCCUCCCUCGGCAAAGGGGGGCUCCCUGAUCUUAGGUGUAAUGGUGUAACUUCUGCCCCAACCCCCAUGCUCCUGCCCCCUUCCCCAGCCCAGAGUCGCCGUGACUCUGUAUGACCAGGUCAAGCAGCCGUAAAAGGGCUGGGAAGGCGCAUUAGUGGGGGGGGCGUUUCCUGGGGGGGGGAUGGGUGUUACAUGCAGAAGGGGCUCUUCCAACCCCUUGACUGGGCACAGGGAUUACAGCUCCAGCUUCUGGAGUCCUGGGCUGAGAGUUUGGCUUUAAAAAAAAUAAAAAAGAAAGAAAAUAUAUUGCUAGUCCUCAAGGAUGUAAAGAACAAGUUUGAAAAUGUGAGCUGGGGUGGGGGGUGUCACCACUGCCUGCCUGAGUCCGCAGAGAGCCUAAAACAACAGCGCCAAGAGGGGAGAAAUUGGUCCAUUCAUCUUAAUGCUGACAGCUGCCGUCACCCCAUGGAGGGGUAGGGCCGCGGCCUGCAGGUGGGACUAUGGGGCACAAGGUGGGUUGAGUCUAGUGCCCCAUAUUGCCUUGGUUCGGCUAGGGUGGCUGUUGGGUUGUCAGUACUCACAGCCGUGGCCCCUGGGCUGUGGGGGUGGG